AUGCAACAACAACAGCAAGUUUUGGCUACAAUAGCGGGGGCAAUUACCCAGAACAUUAAUGUGGCUCCGCCUAUGCCACCUGUGCAGCUUGCUGGAGCUAUGAACACCAGUGGCCUUUUCGAGUGCUUUCAGUGCUUCCGCCCUCCCACUUUUGCGGGUACUUACAGACCCAAAGAGGCUAAGUAUUGGUUAGAUCGUAUAUCAAAGAUGUUGAAACCAUUGCACUGUACUGAGGCAGAACAAGUUGAGCUGGGAGGAAUGACUGUGUCAGAAUAUAAAAACAGAUUUUCGGAGGUAGCCAGAUACGCUGCUUUGAUUCUAGCAGAUGAGCUGAUGAGGAUGAGAUGCUUUUCAGAGGAGUUUGUACGAGAUUUCGAACAGAAACUGAUAGUGGAAGAGCCAUUUGAGAGUGUUGCACACAUCCACAAACAGCCACUUAAUGAUGGCCGAAUCAUAGUGGCACAGACAGAAGAUGAACUGUUGGUGAAGAUGAGAGAACGAGUUUCUGUUGGCGAUGGCAAUGGAUUAUCAACAACUAAUUUCGAAAACCAUUUGCCAGCAAUUAGUGGCUUCUAUGUUAAUAGUUUGAUUUUAGCUAUAACGAAUUUCUAUUCUGGACAGUACUGGCUUUUUGGGGCAGAAAUUUGUGGAGAGCUCCACCUCAAGAUUUGCUUGAAGGACUUGCAGGAAGAUUUCAUGGGCGGGGCUGAGAUUCUUGUUUCGGAUCUUGUUGUCUUUUUCCGUGAGACGGUGCUUGAGAAGUUAGUCAGGACUGUAAUGAGCAAGUCCCUUAACAAGCACAAUCGUCUCUACAUGGAGGCCCAUCCCUUGGAAGAUGGGUGUAUCGGCCCUAGGGAUGACCCAAAAGCCCGCUCAAAGAUCCUAUCUGAAGAGUUCAGGUGGGACAAGGAUCUUGCCAAGAAGAUCUGGUGUUUUGGACCCAAAACUACUGGCCCAAAUAUGGUUGUUGACAUGUGCAAGGGAGUUCAAUACCUGAAUGAAAUCAAGGAUUCUGUUGUGGCUGGGUUCCAAUGGGCAUCAAAGGAAGGAGCAUUGGCUGAAGAAAACAUGCAGGGUAUAUGCUUUAAGGUCUGUGACAUUGUUCUUUAUGCUGAUGCAAUCCACAGGGGCAGUGGACAGAUCAUCCUGACAGCAAGAAGGGUCAUAUAUGCCUCCCAACUGACUACAAAACCCAGGCUUUUGGAGCCUGUUUAUUUGGUGGAGAUACAAGCACCUGAACAAGCGCUCGGUGGCAUCUAUGGUGUCCUGAACCAAAAGCGUGGUCAUGUCUUUGAGGAAAUGCAGAGGCCUGGCACGCCGCUCUACAACAUCAAGGCAUACCUACCUGUCAUUGAGUCGUUUGGGUUCUGGGGGACUUUGAGGGCAACAAAAUCUAGACAGGCCUUCCCACAGUGCGUGUUUGAUCACUGGGACAUGAUGUCGUCUGAUCCAAUGGAGGCAGGAUCGCAGGCGGGGCAGUUGGUGGCUGAUAUCCGAAAGAGGAAGGGUCUGAAGGAGCAGAUGACACCUUUUUCUGAAUUCGAGGACAAGCUCUGAGGCGUCUGAUUGGCAAUGGAGAGAUUCAAGUAGUAGUUGUUUACAGAUAGCACGGGCAUUUGGGGCUUCUGAAAUUAUUGUUGUUGAUGUUCAAGAUGAUAAACUUUGCAAUGCAAAGAUGCUAGGAGCAACUCACACAAUAAAUGCAGCAAAAGAAAAUGUCGUUGACAAGAUAAAGCUCAAUUGGUUUUCUUCAAAAAUGGUGAAGGGAAAGUGAUAUGUAUCCUUGUCGUGGUGGCGGUGUUUUUGAACUUGUUGUACUUCUAUGGAAUGUGUGGUGUAGUGAAUGAUUGCUUGCUUCAACAGUACUUUAGCAAUAGUCCUCUAGUGGUGGUUCGCCCUUGAAUAUAAUUACAGAAGACGUGUGGGAGAAGUUAUCGGUAUAGCUGUCGGAUGUGCAAGUGGACUAUUGAUACUCGCAUCCAAUUUCUAUCUAUGGUGGAUGAAGGAAUCACCUGGCCAUAUGCAAGUGCACACAAACUCACCAAGAUUUGUACUUUCAACAUAAUUGUAAUUGUAAUUGA